AUGCCUUCUCGUGAUGGCACCUCCCAGAUAGAACUGCAAGAACCCCUUGGCAACCGACAAAUUACCGAUGAAGUUGAGGCGCACGAAACCACCACUCUACCUCCAGUCGAUGGCGGUAGGGCAGCAUGGCUUUUCCUUUCCGGCAGCUUUUGCAUCGAGAUGCUUCUCUGGGGCUUUCCAUUCUCUUUCGGCGUCCUUCAGGAUUAUUACUCGACACACCCGCCUAUAUCUCGUCAAGCCACUGGCAUCUCCGCCAUCGGGACAACAUGUUCGGGAAUCUUGUAUUUGGGCGCGCCGUUAGUGUUUCUCACCUUCCAGAGAUGGCCGAUGUUUCUACGUCGAAGUUUGUUCGUUGGCCUGCCUAUUGUCGUACUGGCAGUCUUCCUCUCGAGUUUUGCUACGAAGACUUGGCAUCUCCUUCUUACCCAGGGAAUCCUUUACGCCAUUGGUGGCAAUCUCGUCUAUUAUCCCAUUUACAGUUUCAUCGAUGAGUGGUUUGUACGUCGCAAAGGCUUCGCCUAUGGUGUCAUGUGGGCUGGGUCUGGAUGCGGGGGUUUGACCGGUCCCCUGGUGCUUCAUUGGGGUCUCAGCAAAUACGGUGUUGAGACCUUCUUGAGGGGUUGGGCCGUCGCUCUGUUCAUCUUGAUCGCACCGUUUCUCUUCUUCGUCAAACCGCGUAUCCCCCCUUCCAGAGCCCACCGAGCGCCGGCACGAGCUAUCGUUGCUGGAUUUGGAUUCGUGAAGACAAAGCAAUUUUGGAUCAUAGAGAUCUGCAAUAUCAUCCAAGGCUUGGGAUAUUUCGUUCCUCAGCUUUACCUUCCCGCCUACGCACGAAUCAACGGUCUUCAUUCCGGCUCACUCCUAGUAUCACUGCUCAACGUCGCACAAGUCCCUGGCGUCAUGUUUCUCUCGGCUCUGUCAGACAAGGUGCCAGUGUAUACAGUCAUCCUGAUCUCCUCGCUGGGCUCCACCUUGGCCAUCUUCCUUCUUUGGGGUCUUGCAUCGUCUUCCACUGGCCGACUGAUUGCAUUUACGCUGUGCUACGGAUUCUUUGCGGGCGGCUUCACGGCUGUUUAUGCUGGCGCUGCCCAGGAGUUCCGUCGUGUCACUCCUGGCGGCAACACCGGGAGAGCAGACUUGGGGAGUAUGAUGGGUCUCCUCGGUGGUGGUAGAGGAAUCGGUAACGUCGCAUGUGGUCCUGUCAGUGAAGCACUGUUGCAUGCCAGCGUUGCAGGGUGGAAAGGUGCCGCAGGUGCCUACUCAGGGAGCUUUGGGCCACUCAUUGUCUUCGCGGGCACGACAGCGGCACUGACCAUGUCGAGUUGGGUUGCCAAGGUCUUGAAGAUUGUUUGA